CCAGCAGGCAAGAAGCUCACUACGUUCCAAACGACUCCACGAAUGCAAACCUACCUGUUGGCGUUCCUGGUUUCCGACUUCAUCAGCGAACGGCAAGUCGUGUUCCAGCCUCAUCAGAUUGCCGUCUCGACGUUUGCUCGACCAACUGCCAGCCAUCAGCUGACGUACUCCGUAGACGCUUCGGUACGAUUCCUGCGGGAGCUGGAAUCUACUUCGAUCAACGGUAUGCCAUGUCGAAGAUUGACAACGUAGCCAUCGCCAACAGUGACUUCGCAGCAGGUGCCAUGGGAAAAACUGGGGACUGGUCACGUAUCGUGAAUCGACCAUUCUGCUCGACCCGGAAAGCCAGGGCGAAAGCCAACAGCUACAGGUGGUAGGAAUCGUGGGACACGAAUAUACCCAUCAAUUCUUUGGAAACCUAUUGGCACCGCAGUGGUGGUCGUAUCUGUGGCUGAACGAAGGCUUCGCUCGUCUAUACCAGUACUACGUAUCGGAAUUCAGUCACCCGGAGCUGAAAAUGCGCGAUCGCUUCGCCUCUGUUCGGGAAUCGGCUUUGAACUUGGAUGCCAGCGCAACGGUUCGGCCAAUGACGUACUACGUGGAAACUCCAGGGGAAAUUAGCAGGCUGUUUGACAAUAUUGCAUACGCCAAUCUGCAAGUGUUCUGCGAAUGAUGAACUAUGCCAUCACCGAGCCCACUUUCCAGAAGGGUCUUCGGUACUACAUCCAGCAAAACAAGGACCACGGAGUGGCGAACGAAGAGAAUCUGUUCGACAGCCUAGAACAGGCGGCCAAGGAAGACGCCCAGCUGCCUCAGAGUUUGACGAUGCAUGAAAUUUUCCGAUCAUGGUCCAACCAGCCUGGCGCCCCCGUCGUAACUUUCAAGCGUGUUGGAGACACCAACGAGUUCGUGUUCAACCAAGAGCGGUUCUACAACACUCCUCCGGAAACUCCCGGACAGCAAUCCUGGUGGAUCCCGAUUUCGUUCUUCACGCCUAGCAGCAACGGACAGUACAAUUCCAGUGCUGCUUUUUGGCUGCCUCCACACGUGUCCGAUUUCAGUUAUCGUAUUGACGUGGCCGAGAGCGAAACCCUCCUGGUUAAUCCUCUUGCCAGAGGAUACUACCGUGUGAACUACGAUGCGCAAACCUGGGAGAACAUCAUCUCCAACUUGUACGAAUCCCCGGAAAAGUUCCACCGCUUGACGCGUUCGCAACUGGUCGACGACGCGAUGAAUUUGGCCCAUGCAGGCAAACUGGACUACUUCACAGCGUUCCAGGUGUUCGACUACUUGAACGAGGAAACCGAUUUCAUUCCAUGGAGUACCGCAUCUAGCAAUCUCCAAUUCUUGAAGCGUAUGCUACGUCACGACAGCGAAGCCUUGGCAAAUCUGGAGAGUUACAGCUCAAUGCUGGCUGCCAACCUGCUUGCCACUUAUGGUCUCGAGUCAAUCAAGGGCGAGUCUGCAGAUGACGAAAGUGCGCGCUUGAUAGCGCUGGAAUGGGCCUGCAACAGCGAUGAGUCCUGCCAAGCGGAAGCAGCCCAAAAACUGCGAUCAUCGCGACGUAGUCAAACUUUCACUAUUGGCUCCAAGACGGAACAACUACUGGUUUGCAGCCAGAUGCGUAAAGCAGACUACAGUGACUUUUCGAUGAUGCUUAGCAGCUUGAAAAAUACCCGGGACUCCAUUUCCCGGUCUUAUUUAGUCGAUACUAUCUCUUGCGUGGAAAACGGGCAAUCCAUCAAUAAGUUGCUGAACGCCCUCAAAUCGGAUGACUUUGGUGCUGCGGAAAAGGUGCAAGUUUUAAAAUCGGUCUACAGCAAUUCUCUAACCGGACUGAAUGCCAUCAUCGACAUGUUCGAUUCCACCACGAAUGUCGCCGAAAACAUGAACAUCAACAAGCGCCAACUGCACGCCCUGCUAGAAGACAUGGCCGAGUAUACCGUCCAGCCGGAGAGCGCCGAGAGGUUCGCCGAGUUCGUCAAACGAGAAGCACCCACUCAUCUGGUUCACACAAUCCAAGCCAAGCUGCGCGAGAACGAAAGCUGGAUCCGGAGAAACGCUGCCAUUGUUUCCGACAUGCUGAAAACCCCGCCACAGAUAGACAUGUGAUCGAUAUCAGUCAGACACGCGCCCCGAGGAGUUCUCCACCCGCGCAACGUUCGCCCGAUUAAAUCUAUUCAAUAAAAAAAAAAGAUGAUUGUUUUCUUCGGAUUUGUCCAUAUAUCCGCCGCCAAGCGUAGGUGAUACAAUAAACGAAGAAAGCGAUAA